AUGAGAGGUGGGAGGAUCCUGGAUGCCUAUCCGUUCACCGGAGCCAGCCUCCCAGCCCCUGUCAUCAGCAGCAAGAACUGGCUGCGGCUGCACUUCACCUCCGACGGCAACCACCGACAGCGUGGCUUCAGCGCCCAGUACAAGCUGUGCUUCGAAACCCCUGUCCUCCCCACUGCUCUUCUCCACGGCAAGGACGUGGGUGUCUGCUGGAAGCAGUUAGGAUCCAGCGUCCAGUUCACCUGCAACGAGGGUUAUGACCUGCAAGGAUCCAAGCGGAUCACCUGUAUGAAAGUGAGCGACAUGUUUGCGGCCUGGAGCGACCACAGGCCGGUCUGCCGAGCCCGCAUGUGUGAUGCCCACCUUCGAGGUCCCUCAGGCAUCAUCACGUCCCCCAACUUCCCCAUUCAAUAUGACAACAACGCACACUGUGUGUGGAUCAUCACAGCACUCAACCCUGCCAAGGUGAUCAAGCUUGCCUUCGAGGAGUUUGACUUGGAGAGGGGCUAUGACACCCUGACGGUCGGGGAUGGUGGGCAGGACGGGGACCAGAAAACGGUCCUCUACAUCCUGACAGGUACGUCGGUACCAGAUCUCAUUGUCAGCACCAACCAUCAAAUGUGGCUCCUCUUCCAGACAGACGGCAGCGGCAGCUCCCUGGGAUUCAAGGCCUCUUACGAAGUUUCCUGCUUCUUCAAUUUCACCAGCCCCUCUGGGGUCGUCCUGUCGCCCAACUACCCCGAGGACUACGGCAACCACCUCCACUGCGUCUGGCUCAUCCUGGCCCGGCCCGAGAGCCGCAUCCACCUGGCCUUCAACGACAUCGACGUGGAGCCUCAGUUCGACUUCCUGGUCAUCAAGGAUGGGGCCACCGCCGAGGCCCCAGUGCUGGGCACCUUCUCAGGAAACCAGCUGCCCUCCUCCAUCACCAGCAGCGGCCACGUGGCCCGCCUCGAGUUCCAGACGGAUCACUCCACAGGGAAGAGGGGCUUCAACAUCACCUUUACCACCUUCCGGCACAAUGAGUGCCCGGACCCGGGCAUUCCAGUGAACGGGAAGCGGUUUGGAGACAGCCUCCAGCUGGGAAGUUCCAUCUCCUUCCUGUGUGACGAAGGCUUCCUUGGGACGCAGGGCUCCGAGACCAUCACCUGCAUCCUGAAGGAGGGCAGCGUGGUCUGGAACAGCGCCGUGCUGCGGUGUGAAGCUCCCUGCGGUGGUCAUCUGACUGCGCCGAGUGGCACCAUCCUGUCCCCAGGCUGGCCUGGCUUCUACAAGGAUGCCCUGAGCUGCGCCUGGGUGAUCGAAGCCCAGCCUGGCUACCCCAUCAAAAUCACCUUCGACAGAUUUAAAACCGAGGUGAAUUAUGAUACUCUGGAAGUGCGAGAUGGACGAACAUACUCCGCGCCCUUGAUCGGGGUUUACCAUGGGACCCAGGUCCCCCAGUUCCUCAUCAGCACCAGCAACUACCUCUACCUCCUCUUCUCCACCGAUAAGAGUCACUCGGACAUCGGCUUCCAGCUCCGCUAUGAGACUAUAACCCUGCAGUCAGACCACUGUCUGGAUCCAGGGAUCCCCGUAAAUGGGCAGCGUCACGGAAAUGACUUCUAUGUGGGCGCUCUGGUGACUUUCAGCUGCGACUCGGGCUACACAUUAAGUGAUGGGGAGCCCCUGGAGUGUGAGCCCAACUUCCAGUGGAGCCGGGCCCUGCCCAGCUGUGAAGCCCUCUGUGGUGGCUUCAUUCAAGGUUCCAGCGGGACCAUCUUGUCACCAGGGUUCCCCGACUUCUACCCCAACAACUUGAACUGCACCUGGAUGAUCGAAACAUCGCAUGGCAAGGGUGUGUUCUUCACUUUCCACACCUUCCACCUGGAGAGUGGCCAUGACUACCUCCUCAUCACCGAGAAUGGCAGCUUCACCCAGCCACUGCGGCAGCUGACGGGCUCGCGGUUGCCAGCCCCCAUCAGCGCUGGUCUCUAUGGCAACUUCACCGCCCAGGUCCGCUUCAUUUCCGACUUCUCUAUGUCCUAUGAAGGAUUCAACAUCACCUUCUCAGAAUACGACCUGGAGCCCUGCGAGGAGCCUGAAGUCCCCGCCUACAGCAUCCGGAAGGGCUUGCAGUUUGGUGUAGGCGACACCUUGACCUUCUCCUGCUUCCCCGGGUACCGUCUGGAGGGCACGGCCCGCAUCACGUGCCUGGGGGGCAGACGGCGCCUGUGGAGUUCGCCUCUGCCAAGGUGUGUUGCUGAGUGUGGGAAUUCAGUCACGGGCACUCAGGGCACUUUGCUGUCCCCCAACUUUCCUGCGAACUACAAUAACAACCAUGAAUGCAUCUACUCCAUCCAGACCCAGCCGGGGAAGGGGAUUCAGCUUAAAGCCAGGGCAUUUGAACUCUCUGAAGGCGAUGUCCUCAAGGUCUAUGAUGGCAACAACAACUCUGCCCGUUUGCUGGGGGUGUUCAGCCGCUCGGAGAUGAUGGGAGUGACUUUGAAUAGUACAUCCAGCAGCCUGUGGCUUGAUUUCAUCACCGACACCGAGAACACCAGCAAGGGCUUUGAGCUGCAGUUUUCCAGUUUUGAACUCAUCAAAUGUGAGGACCCGGGAACCCCCCAGUUUGGCUACAAGGUUCACGACGGAGGCCAGUUUGCAGGGAGUUCUGUGUCCUUCGGCUGUGACCCUGGGUACAGCCUGCGGGGCAGCGAGGAGCUGCUGUGUCUGAGCGGGGAGCGCAGGACCUGGGACCGACCUCUCCCCACUUGUGUCGCUGAGUGUGGAGGGACAGUGAAAGGAGAGCUGUUGGGGCAGGUGCUGUCACCCGGUUAUCCAGCUCCCUAUGAACACAAUCUCAACUGCAUCUGGACCAUCGAGGCUGAUGCUGGCUGCACCAUUGGGCUCCACUUCCUGGUGUUCGACACAGAGGAGGUCCACGAUGUGCUGCGCAUCUGGGACGGGCCCGUGGAGAGCGGGGUCCUGCUGAAGGAGCUCAGCGGCUCGGCGCUGCCCAAGGACCUGCACAGUACCUUCAACUCCGUGGUGCUGCAGUUCAGCACCGACUUCUUCACCAGCAAGCAGGGCUUUGCCGUGCAGUUCUCAGUGUCCACAGCCACGUCCUGCAAUGACCCUGGGGUCCCACAGAACGGGAGCCGGAGUGGUGACAGUUGGGAAGCUGGUGACUCCACGGUAUUCCAGUGUGACCCUGGCUACGCCCUGCAGGGCAGCGCAGAGAUCAGCUGCGUGAAGAUCGAGAACAGAUUCUUCUGGCAGCCCAGCCCGCCAACAUGCAUCGCUCCCUGUGGGGGAGACUUGACGGGACCCUCGGGAGUCAUCCUGUCUCCAAAUUACCCAGAGCCCUACCCGCCGGGCAAGGAGUGCGACUGGAAGGUGACCGUCUCGCCAGACUACGUCAUCGCCCUGGUAUUUAACAUCUUUAACCUGGAGCCUGGCUAUGACUUCCUUCACGUCUACGACGGGCGGGACUCUCUGAGCCCUCUCAUAGGGAGCUUCUACGGCUCCCAGCUCCCCAGCCGCAUUGAGAGCAGCAGCAACAGCCUCUUCCUCGCCUUCCGCAGCGACGCAUCCGUGAGCAAUGUUGGCUUCGUCAUCGACUACACAGGAUCCCUAGAUUCCCAGAAUGGGUCUACUGUGCAGCCAGAUCCUAUGGCCUUAACCAAUUGGUCCUGGAACAAGGACAAUGAGGAGAAGCAGUGCAUGGAAGUGAACAUGGUUCAGGAUUUCCAGCUGACGGCAGGGAGGCUGAGGAGAUUCGGGGCCCUGGCUAGUCCUGUAAUUGCUCGGGCAGCAUCAGAAAACCCACGAGAGUCAUGCUUUGAUCCUGGUACAGUCAAGAACGGCACACGAGUGGGGUCCGACCUAAAGCUGGGCUCCUCCAUCACCUACUACUGCCACGGGGGCUAUGAAGUGGAGGGCUCAUCAACCCUGAGCUGCGUCCUGGGGCCCGAUGGGAAGCCUGCGUGGAACAACCCCCGGCCAGUGUGCACAGCCCCCUGUGGAGGACAGUAUGUGGGUUCAGAUGGAGUGGUCUUGUCCCCCAACUAUCCCCAGAACUACACCAGCGGACAGAUCUGCCUGUAUUUUGUCACUGUGCCCAAGGAUUAUGUGGUGUUUGGACAGUUCGCCUUCUUCCACACGGCCCUCAAUGACGUGGUGGAGGUGCACGACGGCCACAGCCAGCACUCCCGGCUCCUCAGCUCCCUGUCGGGCACCCAUACAGGGGAAUCGCUGCCCUUGGCCACCUCCAAUCAAGUUCUCAUUAAGUUCAGUGCCAAAGGCCAAGCACCAGCCAGAGGCUUCCACUUUGUCUACCAAGCGGUGCCCCGAACCAGCGCCACGCAGUGCAGCUCUGUGCCCGAACCCCGCUAUGGCAAGAGACUGGGCAGUGACUUCUCCGUGGGGGCCAUCGUCCGCUUCGAAUGCAAUUCCGGCUAUGCCCUGCAGGGGUCCCCAGAAAUCGAGUGCCUCCCUGUUCCCGGGGCCUUGGCCCAGUGGAAUGUCUCAGCACCAGCAUGUGUGGUGCCAUGCGGAGGCAACCUCACGGAGCGCAGGGGCACCAUCCUGUCCCCUGGCUUCCCGGAGCCCUACCUCAACAGCCUCAACUGCGUGUGGAAGAUCAUGGUCCCCGAAGGUGCUGGCAUCCAGAUUCAAGUCAUCAGUUUUGUCACGGAGCAGAACUGGGACUCGCUGGAAGUGUUUGACGGUGCAGACAACACUGUGACCAUGCUGGGGAGUUUCUCAGGAACCACUGUGCCUGCCCUCCUGAACAGCACCUCCAACCAGCUCUACCUUCAUUUCUACUCAGAUAUCAGCGUGUCGGCAGCUGGCUUCCACUUGGAGUACAAAACGGUGGGCUUGAGCAGCUGCCCAGAACCUGCCGUGCCCAGUAACGGGGUGAAGACUGGCGAGCGCUACUUGGUGAACGAUGUGGUCUCUUUCCAGUGUGAGCCGGGAUAUGCUCUCCAGGGCCACGCCCACAUCUCCUGCAUGCCCGGAACCGUGCGGCGCUGGAACUACCCGCCUCCGCUCUGUAUUGCACAGUGUGGGGGAGCAGUGGAGGAGAUGGAGGGGGUGAUCCUGAGCCCCGGCUUUCCGGGCAACUACCCCAGCAACAUGGACUGUUUGUGGAAAAUAGCACUGCCCGUGGGCUUUGGAGCUCACAUCCAGUUCCUGAACUUCUCCACCGAGCCCAACCAUGACUUCAUAGAAAUCCGGAACGGCCCCCACGAGACCAGCCGCAUGAUGGGCAGAUUCAGUGGAAGUGACCUUCCAAGCUCCCUGCUCUCCACGUCCCACGAGACCACCGUGUAUUUUCACAGUGACCACUCCCAGAACCGGCCAGGAUUCAAGCUGGAGUAUCAAGCCUAUGAACUUCAAGAGUGCCCAGACCCAGAGCCCUUUGCCAAUGGCAUUGUGAGGGGAGCUGGCUACAACGUUGGGCAAUCAGUGACCUUCGAGUGCCUCCCAGGAUAUCAGCUGAUGGGCCAACCUGUCCUUACAUGUCAACAUGGAUCCAACCGUAACUGGGACCACCCCUUGCCCAGGUGUGAAGUCCCCUGCGGUGGGAACAUCACCUCUUCCAAUGGCACUGUGUACUCCCCUGGCUUCCCCAGUCCAUACUCCAGCUCCCAGGACUGUGUCUGGCUGAUCACCGUGCCCAUUGGUCAUGGCAUCCACCUCAACCUCAGCCUGCUGCAGACAGAGCCCUCGGGAGACUUCAUCACCGUCUGGGAUGGGCCACAGCAGACGGCUCCGCAGCUUGGAGUUUUCACCAGGAGUUUGGCCAAGAAAACGGUGCAUAGCUCAACCAACCAGGUCCUGCUCAAGUUCCACCGUGAUGCGGCCACGGGUGGGAUCUUCGCCAUAGCCUUCUCCGCGUAUCCACUCACCAAAUGCCCUCCUCCCACCAUCCUCCCCAAUGCUGAAGUCGUCACAGAGAAUGAAGAAUUCAACAUAGGUACCACCUCCCACACCAUCGAGGAGGGGCCAGGUGACAUCGUACGCUACAGGUGCCUCCCCGGCUUUACCUUGGUGGGGAAUGAAAUCCUGACCUGCAAACUUGGAACUUACCUGCAGUUUGAAGGCCCACCCCCAAUAUGUGAAGUGCACUGCCCAACGAAUGAGCUUCUGACAGACUCCACAGGUGUGAUCCUGAGUCAGAGCUACCCUGGAAGCUACCCUCAGUUCCAGACCUGCUCUUGGCUGGUGAGAGUGGAGCCCGACUAUAACAUCUCCGUCACCGUGGAGUACUUUCUCAGUGAGAAGCAGUAUGAUGAGUUUGAGAUAUUUGAUGGUCCCUCAGGACAGAGUCCUCUGCUGAAAGCUCUCAGUGGGAAUUACUCAGCUCCCCUGAUUGUCACCAGCACAAGCAACUCUGUGUACCUGCGCUGGUCGUCUGACCACGCCUACAACCGGAAGGGCUUUAAGAUUCGGUACUCAGCGCCCUACUGCAGCCUGCCCAGGGCUCCACUCCACGGCUUCCUCCUGGGCCAGACCAGCACCCAGCCCGGAGGCUCCGUCCACUUUGGCUGCAAUGCCGGCUACCGCUUGGUGGGACACAGCAUGGCCAUUUGUACCAGGCAUCCCCAGGGCUACUACCUGUGGAGUGAGGCCAUUCCUCUCUGUCAAGCUCUUUCCUGUGGGCUUCCGGAGGCUCCCAAGAAUGGAAUGGUGUUUGGCAAAGAGUACACCGUGGGGACCAAGGCUGUGUACAGCUGCAGCGAAGGCUACCACCUGCAGGCAGGUGCCGAGGCCACCGCAGAGUGUCUGGAGACAGGCCUGUGGAGCAACCACAACGUCCCUCCCCAUUGUGUCCCUGUGACCUGUCCCGAUGUCGGUGGCAUCGGGGUGGAACACGGCCGAUGGAGGCUCAUCUUUGAGACGCAGUACCAGUUCCAGGCCCAGCUGAUGCUCAUCUGCGACCCUGGCUACUACUACACUGGGCAGAGGGUCAUCCGCUGUCAGGCCAAUGGCAAAUGGAGCCUCGGGAACUCCAUGCCCACCUGCCAAAUCAUCUCCUGUGGAGAGCUCCCCAUCCCACCCAAUGGGCACCGCAUCGGGACGCUGUCCGUCUACGGGGCAACAGCCAUCUUCUCCUGCAAUUCUGGAUACACGCUGGUGGGCUCCCGGGUGCGGGAGUGCAUGGCCAACGGGCUCUGGAGUGGCUCUGAAGUCCGCUGCCUUGCCGGACACUGUGGGACCCCUGAGCCCAUUGUCAACGGACACAUCAAUGGGGAGAACUACAACUACCGGGGCAGCGUGGUGUAUCAGUGCAACGCCGGCUUCCGCCUGAUCGGCAUGUCCGUGCGCAUCUGCCAGCAGGAUCAUCACUGGUCGGGCAAGACCCCUUUCUGUGUGCCAAUUACCUGUGGACACCCAGGCAAUCCGAUCAAUGGCCUCACUCAGGGCAACCAGUUUAACCUCAACGAUGUGGUCAAGUUUGUCUGUAACCCUGGCUAUGUGUCUGAGGGCGCUGCCGGGUCCCAGUGCCUGGCCAACGGGCAGUGGAGCGACACGCUGCCCACCUGCAGAAUGGUGUCCUGUGGCCAUCCAGGCUCCCCACCCCAUUCCCAGAUGUCCGGGGACAACUAUACCGUGGGGGCAGUCGUGCAUUACAGUUGCAGUGGCAAACGGACUCUGGUGGGAAACGCCACCCGCGUGUGUGGGCUAGAUGGACACUGGACAGGCUCCCUGCCCCACUGCUCAGGCACCAGCAUGGGGAUUUGUGGUGAUCCUGGGAUCCCGGCGCACGGCAUCCGUUUGGGGGAGAGCUUUGCCCCCGGGAGUCUGAUGCGCUUCAGCUGUGAGGCUGGCCAUGUGCUCCGGGGAUCGUCAGAGCGAACCUGCCAGGCCAACGGCUCGUGGAGCGGCACGCAGCCUGAGUGUGGAGUGAUCUCCUGUGGGAACCCCGGGACUCCGAGCAACGCCCGCGUCGUGUUCAGCGAUGGCCUGGUUUUCUCCAGCUCCAUCGUCUAUGAGUGUCGGGAAGGUUACUACGCCACAGGCCUGCUCAGCCGGCACUGCUCGGUCAAUGGCACCUGGACAGGCAGUGACCCAGAGUGCACAGUCAUAAAGUGUGGUGACCCUGGGGUUCCGGCCAAUGGCCUGCGGCUGGGCAGUGACUUCAGGUACAACAAGACUGUGACAUACCAGUGCGUCCCUGGCUACAUGAUGGAGUCCCAUCGGGUGUCUGUGCUGAGCUGCACCAAGGACCGGACGUGGAAUGGUACCAAGCCAGUCUGCAAAGCCAUCAUGUGCAAGCCGCCUCAGCUCAUCCCCAACGGGAAAGUGGUGGGGUCCGACUUCAUGUGGGGCUCGAGCGUGACGUAUGCCUGCCUGGAGGGGUACCAGCUCUCCCUGCCCGCGGUGCUCACCUCUGUGUUCUGCGGAGAUCCUGGGGUCCCGGCCCGGGGGAGGAGAGAGGACCGCGGCUUCUCCUACCGGUCGUCCGUCUCCUUCUCCUGCCAGUCCCCUCUGGUGCUGGUGGGCUCGCCACGGAGGUUCUGCCAGUCAGAUGGGACGUGGAGCGGCACCCAGCCCAGCUGCAUAGACCCGACGCUGACCACGUGUGCAGACCCCGGCAUGCCGCAGUUUGGGAUACAGAACAGUUCCCAGGGCUACCAGGUGGGAAGCACAGUGCUCUUCCGCUGUCAGAAAGGUUACCUGCUCCAGGGCUCCACCACCAGGACCUGCCUCCCCAACCUGACCUGGAGCGGAAGCCCGCCCGACUGUGUCCCCCACCAUUGCAAGCAGCCAGAGACGCCAACCCACGCCAACGUCGGGGCCCUGGACUUGCCCUCCAUGGGCUACACACUCAUCUACACCUGCCAGGAGGGCUUCUCCCUCAAAGGUGGCUCCGAGCACCGCACCUGCAAAGCAGAUGGCAGUUGGACAGGCAAACCACCCAUCUGCCUGGCAGAGGUCCGGCCCAGCGGGAGACCCAUCAACCCUGCCCGGGAGCCGCCGCUCACCCAGGCCUCAGUUCCUGGGGAUGUUUUUGCCAAGAAUUCUCUCUGGAAAGGGGCCUAUGAGUACCAGGGGAAGAAGCAGCCAGCCAUGCUCAGGGUGACUGGCUUCCAGGUUGUCAGCAGCAAGGUCAAUGCCACCAUGAUUGACCACAGCGGCGUGGAGUUGCACUUGGCCGGAAUUUACAAGAAAGAAGAUUUCCAUCUCCGACUCCAGGUUUACCAGAUCACAGGGCCUGUGGAGAUCUUUGUGAAUAAGUUCAAAGAUGAUCACUGGGCUCUAGAUGGGCAUGUCUCCUCAGAGUCCUCCGGAGGCACCUUCAUCUACCAAGGCUCUGUCAAGGGCCACGGCUUUGGGCAGUUCGGCUUUCAAAGACUUGACCUCAGGCUGCUGGAGUCAGACCCGGAAUCUAUCGGCCGCCACUUUGCUUCCAACAGCAGCUCAGUGGCCGCCGCAAUCCUGGUGCCUUUCAUCGCCCUCAUCAUUGCAGGCUUCGUGCUCUAUCUCUACAAGCACAGGAGAAGACCCAAAGUUCCGUUCAAUGGCUAUGCCGGCCACGAGAACACCAAUGUCCGGGCCACAUUUGAGAACCCAAUGUACGACCGCAACAUCCAGCCCACAGACAUCAUGGCCACCGAGGCGGAGUUCACAGUCAGCACAGUGUGUACAGCAGUAUAG